AUGGCAGAAGCACCUUCUUCUUCUUCUUUGCUUAAGAGUGUGAAGGAUCAUAACCUGAUGAUAAGUGAAUCUGAGUUGAACACAGCACAGAACCUUAUGCAGCUCAGCGAUGAAGAUGAGAGCAACGACAUUAGAGGAAGCAAGAGGAGAAGAAACAAAAGUGAUGAAAGUGUAAAUGACAUUAUAAUGGCAAAAAUACAAGAGAUUUUCGGGAAUGAUAUUGAGGUUUUUCCAACGAAGAAGCAAAGGAGAUAUCGGUCUCUAGUGAGUAUAUACAUGGUCACAAGACCUGUUAAUGCUGCAAAUGAUACAAGGGAAGGCUCCGAAAAUUAUUCAAGUUUGGGAGAUCACAGUCCAGUAAAGAGUAAUAUUAACGGGGGCUGUGCGUGCCAAUCUGGUAAUGUAUGUAGAGCUGGUAUAUAUAGGGGUAUCAAGGAUGAGUUAAUUGGUGAUUUUAUGGAUAAUAAUGCUCCAUAUGCUAAGAUUAUGGUUGAUGUUUUAGCUAGUGAAAAGGCAUGUCAUCAUGGGUAG